GCCCGCCUCCGUCCCAGAUUUGCUGGCGCCAGCAGCCAUGGGGGCUGAAGGUGGCCGCUUUGGCAGGUUUGAUUCUCCUCGCGUCUUGCUUCGGUGGCGCUAGGUGCGGUGGCCGGCCUGCGCCUUGGUUGGCAUUCGGUGGCCACUCGGCGUUGUCCUUUGUUUUUCUCCCCGGUUGUCAGUGUGCAGAGGUGGGAUGCCGGGGUGGAGGCCCUGGACGGUGGGUGUCCUGCUGGUUGGCGGGCGAACCAGAGACUCGGGUGCUGGCUGGGUGCUACUCGUUGGUCUGCGGGCAGUGAUGGUCGGUUCCUGGUGGUGGUCGGCCUCUGGCGGCGUUGUCUACGACGGUGGAGCUGUUCUCGGCGUGCGUGUUCGUUGGCUCGCUCUUUGGCUUGUUCCAUAUGUGGCUACUAAUGUAACUACCGGUCUCGAGGUUCCCAACAACAAAAGUUCCGGGAUGCAGCUUGUUCCACACGUGGUGAUUGAUGUUCCUAGCAGCAUGGAGGUUCCCAACAACAACAGUUUUGGGCUGCAGCUUGUUGACCACAUCGCUAAUAAUGUUGCCAGCAGCAUCGAGGUUGCAAACAACAACUCCGGCACGCAGGCUGCUAAGGUAUCGAUUGUACAAGAUGGAAACAACGAUGGCGACUUGAAGCCUGGCGCUUUGAUCGCUGUUGCUGACUGCGCGACAAGCAUCACAGCUAUCAUGUUCAAUCCCCCAAGCAGUGGUGACCCCGUGUAUCUCGUGGCUGUAGGAAUCGUCUUCAUUGCUGGCCUGCUGGCGGUGCUAGCCACACUAUGGGUCGCACGCGAGCCCCGCAAGCGUCGCACUGCCAAGAAGAAGAUCAUUUCAGAUAAUGCAGAUAAGGAGCAGCAGCUCAACUCUUUCUAG